AUGGAUUCACCUCUUGCAGCAAAUAUUCCUGUUGUUUUAAUCACUGGUUUUGGCCCGUUUCGUUCCAUAUUACAUAAUCCAAGUUGGCAAGUAGCUAAAGCAUUGAAAAACUAUCGUGAAUGGAACUGUCCGAUACAUAUUAUUCUCGAAGAAGUCGAUGUAACAUACGAUCAUGUAUCAAUGAAAAUACCUGAAUAUUGGCUUAAAUACAAUCCAACAUUAGUUAUUCAUAUUGGUGUUGCAGCUGGUACGACAGCAAUUCAUAUAGAACGAUGUGCUUUUAAUCAUGAUUACUGUCAUGAAGAUAAUAAUGGAACACUACCAGAAGAUUGUCGAUGUGUAAAAACCGAUGCACCAGAAAUGUUAACAACACUCCUUCCUAUUGAUGUUGUUUGUGCAAAAGUUGAACGACGAACAAAUCUACCAGUGAAAGUUUCAGAUGAUGCCGGAAGAUUUCUUUGCGAAUUUAUUUACUAUCAAUCAUUAUUCAUAGAUCCGAAACGAACAGUUUUCAUUCAUAUACCUGAAGUAGACGAAACUUUUACCAUUGAAAAUCUAGCCGAAACCAUUCAAUUAAUUAUUUAUGAAUUACUUCCAUGCGUUGAUCCAUUGCCAUGUUUGAAUCGAGAUGGAAAUUAUCUAAUAAAUACGAAUGUGCCGAAAGCUACUCCAUAA